GGCACGGCCCCCUCAGCUGUACUUUGCUGCGCUAACUCCAUAUCGUUAGACGCGGUCAGUCCUUGUCAUCCCUGCUCACCCAACAAAUUACAAUCAAAAUGCGUGAGUGCAUCUCCAUCCAUGUGGGUCAGGCCGGUUGCCAGAUGGGCAAUGCCUGCUGGGAGCUCUACUGCCUCGAGCACGGUAUUGCUCCCGACGGCUCUAUGCCCUCCGACAAGGCCCUAGGUAGUGCUGACGACUCCUUCACCACAUUCUUCAGCGACACUGGCGCAGGCAAGCACGUCCCCAGGGCGGUGUUUGUCGAUCUUGAGCCUUCCGUUGUCGAUGAAGUCCGUACCGGCACCUACCGCCAGCUGUUCCACCCAGAGCAGCUCAUCAGCGGAAAGGAAGAUGCCGCCAACAACUACGCCAGAGGACACUACACUAUCGGAAAGGAGAUCGUCGACUUGGUUUUGGACCGCGUUAGGAAGCUGGCCGACAGCUGCACAGGUCUGCAAGGAUUCCUCGUCUUCCACUCCUUUGGCGGCGGCACCGGCUCAGGUUUCACCUCUCUGUUGAUGGAAAGACUGUCUGUCGACUACGGCAAGAAGAGCAAACUGGAAUUCGCUAUCUACCCCGCCCCCCAAGUCGCUACUGCCGUUGUCGAACCCUACAACUCUAUCCUGACCACCCACACUACUCUGGAACACUCCGACUGUGCUUUCAUGGUCGACAAUGAAGCCAUCUACGAUAUCUGCCGCAGAAACCUGGACAUCGAACGUCCCUCAUACGCUAACCUGAACCGUCUUAUUGGUCAGAUCGUCUCCUCCAUCACCGCCUCCCUCAGGUUUGAUGGUGCCCUCAAUGUCGACCUCACUGAAUUCCAGACCAACUUGGUGCCCUACCCCAGGAUCCACUUCCCUCUAGUCACUUAUGCCCCCGUCAUCUCCGCUGAGAAGGCCUACCACGAACAGAUCACCGUUGGUGAGAUCACCAACGCCUGCUUCGAACCCGCUAACCAGAUGGUGAAAUGCGACCCACGUCACGGCAAGUACAUGGCUUGUUGCCUCCUGUACCGUGGUGACGUCGUGCCUAAGGACGUGAACGCCGCCAUCGCCUCCAUCAAGACCAAGCGCUCCAUCCAGUUCGUAGACUGGUGUCCCACCGGCUUCAAGGUUGGCAUCAACUACCAGCCACCCACUGUGGUGCCAAACGGUGACCUGGCCAAGGUGUCUCGUGCCGUCUGCAUGUUGUCCAACACCACCGCUAUCGCCGAGGCCUGGGCCCGUCUCGACCAUAAGUUCGACCUGAUGUACGCCAAGCGUGCCUUCGUCCACUGGUACGUGGGUGAGGGUAUGGAGGAGGGCGAGUUCUCCGAGGCCCGCGAGGACCUGGCAGCUCUCGAGAAGGACUACGAAGAGGUUGGCCUUGACACCGUUGGUGACGAGGAGGAGCAGGGCGAAGACUACUAGGCUGACCCACAAGUUGGCUAACGUCAAACACGCCAGCGGAUGCAACACCUCCGCAAAGUCAUUGGUUAAAGCUUUACCAUAUCAUUAGGCCCAAUAAAAUACCAUUUCGGAAACAGAGAGAAAAUUAAAUUAUUUUGCUAUCAA